AUAGAUCUGAGGAAGCGGGGGGCAAAAGAACACAAAGUAGUGACGCUGUAGAGAAGGAGAAUAUCACCACAGCAUUGCCAGGAGAGAGUACAGAUGGAGAUAAAACUGAAGAGGUCUCCAGAGCACAGCAGUGUACAACUCUACACAAUCAAGAUAUGGAUGGAACACCAGCAGCACCACUCAAACUGGACAAAGCAGAGGUGCAAGUGCUGCCCUCAAGCUCAGUCCCUCUCAAGAUCAUUCAUGUGCCGUUCAAACAUGUUUCCAUCAUACAGAACGCUGCUGGAGCUGGAACAGUCAACACAGAUGGUCAGCAGAGGCCUCAGACUCAGCGGGUUACAUUGCACCAGUGGGUCUCACAAAUCGCCAAUAAUACACUCUCACUCCCUACCUUGCCACCACUUCCUCCGGCCAAGUUGAAUCCAGGGUUCAGCGUGAAGCAAAGUGUGAAAAGGAAAAGCCAAGCUAAGCCUCCAGUAGACAGAUUCACUUGUGACAUUUGUGAUAAGCGCUUCCCCUAUCAGUCUAAGCUAAAAGAUCACCUGCGUAUCCAUACUGGGGAAAAGCCUUUUGUGUGCACGGCAUGUGGAAGGAGUUUCAGGACACAGGUAUUCCUGAACAAUCACCUGAGAACCCACAGCACGGCACGGCCUUACAACUGCAGCCAGUGCGGUAAGUGUUUCCUCAGAAUGCCCAGCUUGAGGAAACACUUGCUUGUCCACGGUGGCCAAAAGCCCUUCCACUGCAGCAUCUGCAACAAGGGUUUCACUCAGUCCACCUACUUCAAAAGGCACAUGGAGUGCCACACAAGCCAGAUGAGCUUCCCCUGCAAGCACUGCAGCAAAAGCUUCCCUACAGCGUUCAAGCUGGCCAACCAUGAGCGCUGGCACACAAGGGAUCGCCCCCACAUGUGCGAGCGAUGCGGAAAGCGUUUUCUUGUGCCCAGCAUGUUGAAGCGGCACAUGGGCUACCACAUCGGUGACUGUCAGUAUCUGUGUUCUCAAUGUGGAAAGACCUUUGUGUAUUUGUCGGACCUGAAGAGGCACCAGCAGGAUCACAUGCCUAAGACCAAGCUCCCUUGUCCCAUCUGCCAAAAGAAAUUCUCCAGUAAGUACUGCCUGAGGAUUCACCUAAGGAUCCAUACCAGAGAGAAACCCUAUAGAUGCUCCUUAUGCGACAAGUCCUUCACUCAGAUUGGGAAUUUGAAAGUGCACAUCAGACUACACACCAAUGAGCGUCCAUACAGCUGCGAUCUGUGUGGGAAAACCUACAAGCUGACCUCCCAUCUGAACGUCCACAAACGGACGCAUGCAAGCAAGAAGCCCUGGACAUGUGAAACUUGUGGAAAAGGAUUCAAUUUUCCUGGUCUGCUGAAAAAGCAUGAACAGUUGCACUUGAGGGAGACAGCUGGGUAUCCCAGUAAACAGCGUCAUAGGAGCAAUCACAAGAAGCACUCCCUCAAGAGGAAGUAUGAUGAUGAUGAUGAUGAUGGUAGUGAUGAUUAUUAAUUUUUUUCUUUUUUAAUUAAAGAGCUCAGGUGGACCCAAAGUUUGAUUGGGAGGUUGUUGGCCUUGCCCUGUGUAUGUACAAAUGACUUUAAAUCAGGAAUCAGAAGCCAUUUUUCCUGGAUGGGCCAUUUAAAUAGAUAGGAAAAGCCACAUGCAUUGGAAGUCUCAUUUUAUGUUCAAACUAGGUUUAUGACUGUGAGGAGACACUGGCAAUAGGAGUUAUCCAUACAACAUGAUGUCAUUUGUUGCAGAGGAAAUAUUGGUUUGCAAGAACCAGCACACACAGAUACAUUAUGGCUUGAUCAACAUGGUAGAAAUAUCAGGCAUAAAUUUGAAAGAUACUUUAUUGAUCCCCGUGGGGAAAUUAUGCUCUGCGUUUAACCCAUCCUAGCUGUGUAGCUAGGAGCAGUUGGCAGCCGCCGUGCAGCACCCGGGAACCAACUGUAGUUCUUCUUUCCAUUGCCUUGGUCAGGGGCACAGACAGGAGUAUUAACCCUAACAUGCAUGUCUUUUUGAUGGUGGGGGAAACCGGAGCAACUGGAGAAAACCCACCGCAGACACGGGGAGAACAUGCAAACGCCACACAGGACGACCUGGGAUGACCCCCAAGGUUGGACUACCCCAAGGUUCGAACCCAGGACUUUCUUGCUGUGAGGCGACAGUGCUAACCUGCCACCGUGCCACCCUAAAUUAAAUCUCUAAAUGAAAUAUGUAACAAUACAAGUGAUUACUGAUGAAUUUAUUUGCCAACCUAAGAUCUCUUGUUUACAAGAUACAAAACAUAGAAGCUGAAAGUCAUGUUUUAUAAAAAUGUCUUAGUAGCAAAAGGGCACUUUAGGAUGAGGCUUCUUCACAUUUGUUCUGGAGGAGUGAAUGUUAUACACCUUUAUUGUUUGUAUGGAAUUUGAGCAAAAAUUGAUUUUGAGUUGAUGGGACAUGGAAGUAGAUAAUAAGCUUUUCUACCUGUAAAUCAGACUCCAAACGUCUGAAUGAAUAUCCCCAAAACCCAUAUGGCUAAUUAGAUCAUAGAUUGAUCUUGUUUCCUUUUUUUUUCUCUUUUCUAUAGUAUUUAAUAGAAAGCCAAGACCCUCCCAUUCCCUUGAUUGGCAGGAAAAAAACAAACAGAUGUAGUAAGGUUACAGUUAUAGUAAGUUCAAAGGACAUCAUUGUCAAUUUACACCAAGUACUUCAAAGGGACUAUAUGUAGAUAUGUUUAUAGUGUCUCCCCUGUAUUUAUGGUGUUUUGUCUUGUUUCUGCAUCCUCUCCACUGGUGUUUCCAGAUUUGGUUCUUAUGGAGGCUGAGGUGCCAAAAUAAUUUUACACGUAUACUUAAUUCUAAU